UAGCGAACAUCUCAUUCUCUCAUGUUAUUUUGAACAGAGAGAUAUUCCUAAUCCAUGGAGGUAGUGUUUUUGCGGGUAAGGAUGGGUAGACUUUAUGCGGGCAGGCGAUCCGGAGCCAAUUUUCAGGCGUUCACCUGCUUCCAAAGAGCGCACUCUAAUCCGCAUUCCUCCAACAGUGGGAAUGUAGUGGUUCUCUCUUCCUUGGCGUUUCGAUCAACUGCAGAACCAUCGGUGUCCACAGAAGAAUCCUUCUUUUACGUUGAUAAACACUGGGAGUCCUCUCAUUCUCUGUUCCAAAUCGGCCAUAGAAGAGCCCCUUCCAGGACAUUGCUUACCAUAUCAAGUGUUACAUUUACCGUAGUACUGGAGUGCAUUGCUUUAAUUGGACCAUGAAUACAUUUCUCAACUGUUCUACAAAAUAGAAUCAGUUUUAACUCUGAUUUGUGUAGAACUAAUAUUUAGGAAUGGUGUCUAACUCGGAGAAGGAAAUCUUAUGCUAUUGCAUGAGUGGUGGUGAAUUAGUAACAUAUCCAGAUGGAUCUGUUUCUUACAAAGGCGGCAUUACAAAAGGAGUGAAAGUUGACAGCAAUACCAAAUACAGUGAUUUUGUACGCGAGCUCUGCAGCAAAUUUGAAAUUGAUCCAAACACAGUAACCUUGAAAUAUUCCACUCCAUUUGACAAGAGCCGCCUUCUUGCUUUGUCAGAUCAGUCUGAUUUUGCAAAUUUGCUAGGUUUUAACCAAGGAUUUGCGGAUGUGUAUGUAGUUAAAGAAGAGAGGUGUGUAGAACCCCAGGAAACUACAAGGUGCUCUGGAGAUGUUUUGGUAGGAUCUGUAGUUGAAGAUUCUAACCUUGAGGAAGCAUCAAACAAGGCAAAUGACAAAGCUCCUUUGCUGUCUGCAUUAUGGGAGAAUGCCAUAAAAGGGGUAGGACAGAUGUUUCACAGUGGCAAUGAGUUCCGAAAUGCACUUGCCAAUUUCUCAAUAGCUUGCCGUUUUGGGUAUAAGUUAAUCAGGAAUGACCGUAAGCGCAUAACUGCACAGUGUGAUGCUGAUGGCUGCCAAUGGAAAAUCUAUGCUUGUAAAGUAGGAAAGACCAACAUAUUUAGGGUACGCAAAUAUGAAGAUAAACAUACCCACCCAACUAAUUAUGAGGAGACUGUGAAGUGCCGAAUAACAACGAAGUGGGUUUCUAAUAUUAUAAAGGAAAAAUUUCAAAACAACCCUGAUUAUACACCACGGGAAAUAAUUAAGGAAAUAAAGCGUGACUACAAUGUUGACAUAGCUUAUAAACGGGCCUGGCGGGGCAAGGAAAGUGUAAAGGAGGCUGUAAAUUUAUCACUGAAGAACUCCUUCACGCUUGUACCUUGGAUUUGCCAAAGACUGAUUGAGUCUAACCCUGGCACUGUUGCUGUGUACACGUCAAAAGGUGACUUAACAUUCCAUCAGCUAUUUAUUGCUUACUAUGCUUCUAUUCAUGGGUUCCGUGUUGGUUGCCGUCCUAUUCUUUUUGUGGAGGAGAAAUUCUUGAAUGGAAAAUAUCUUCAUACAUUACUUUCUGUGACAGCUGUGGAUGCUGACAAUAGGAUGUUUCCCGUGGCUUUUGCUGUGGUUGAGUCGGGAUCCUUGGAAAAUUGGAGAUGGUUUUUUAGAAAUGUAAAGGUGGCUCUCAAUGACAAUAGAGAUAUCAUUUUUGUGUCUGACCGGACGGAAGACAUUGUUAAGGCAGUUGAGGAGAUAUAUGGGUCAGUGCUUCAUGCACAUUGUUACCGCCACCUGACCGGACGUUUCAAGAUGAUGUUAAAAUGCUUACAUUUGUCCCCUUCAGUGCGGGAUGUGCUAAAGAUGUUAUUGGAUAAAAUUGCAUAUGCAAAGACUAGGGUAGAUUUUGACGAUGCUUUGGGCAAAAUGAGGUCUAUUUCAGAGGAGGCAUAUGGCUGGGUUCUGAAAAAUGAACCUAUUCACUGGGCUAAUUCACUAUUCCCUGGCAAGCGUUAUGACCAGUUCAGUGUGAAUAUUGCCGGUUCUUAUGGUGCAUGGAUUCCAGAAGCACAAGAGUUGUCCAUAAUAGAAUUGAUUAACCUAAUCUGUAAAAAUAUAACAGAUAUCAUGGUUGGAAGGCAAACUAAUUGUGCUGCCUGGAAAUUUCCUGUGGGUGGUACAGUUGAAGAACUGUUGAAAAAGAAUAUUAGCAAAAGUGAAGGAUUACAUUUCCGUCGUACAUCAGCCUUUAGAUUUGAAGUUUUUGGGGUUCCUAUCAAUUAUUGUGUGGACCUGCACCAAAGGACAUGCUCUUGUAGGGAGUGGGAUAUGGUUGGUCUCCCAUGUAUACAUGCAUGUGCAGCCCUUAAAAGUAUUCAAGCUGACAUUUAUUCAUAUGUGGAAAAAUGCUACCUAAAAGAGACACAAAAGGCCAUUUACUCAGAGUGCAUGCGUGCAGUAUGGACGAAUGAAAUACCUCAUGGUACCUUCAUGAAUGGGAUUGUUGAUGAUGCUUCAAAUUCUGGACUUGGUCUUCUUCGUCCUCCUCCUCCAUGUGCUCGCCGUUUGCCUGGUCGUCCAAGGAAACAUAUGGAGUCUCGAAACAAAGAAAAAAAUAUGGAGCCUCAAAACAAAGAGAAGAGGCCACUUCAUUGCAGUCUAUGCAAGGAGACUGGCCACAACCGUAGGAGAUGUAAGAACCAGAUGUAACACUAUACAAUUGAGCUUGGGCAGGUCUCAGGCAAAUUGGUUGAAUGCAAGUAUUCGAUGUAUCAAUGCAGUGAAUGAUGAUAGAAGCUGGUCACGAUGUCAAACUUUUGAUGCUCAUGCCGAUGAAGAUAAGAGAGCAAGAUGAGAAGAGGAACUCUAUUAUGUCUAUGUCUGCUCAUUUUCGUUAUAAAGUUUUCCGGUGAGAGGAGCUGGUUACAAUCUAGUCAUGCCGAUUAAUGGGAAAAGAGAGGGAAUAGAAAAGAGGAAAAGCUAGGGUCUUCUUCCUUCUUUCUCUACAAGCAAAAUUCCACCAAGCAUCAAUGCUUGACGGAGAUCCAAAGUCCCAAACAUCUCAUCGCCUGACCAUGUGAUGAAGGGAAACUUCCUCAUUUUUUCCUUAUAUUUUUUGUCUUUUCCUAAGUCCCAAAUAUCUCAUUGCCUCACCGUUGUUGUUUGUGUAGGUCUACCAUAUCAGGUCGCCAGUUCCGCUCUUUAAAGUAACAAGGUUAUAUAUAACAUAUAUUAAAAUAUUUAUAAAGGACUAAGCACCCCCACUUAUCCUUGGUCCUUUUCUGUUAUUUUUUUCUGUUGAUGGUAGCUCAUUUACCAACAUAUAACAUGCCAAUAUCUCUGAAGUCUGAACAUCCUAAGGAGGAAUUCUAUAAUAUAGGAUGUGUUUCUAAUUGUUUUUCCUUUUUUCAUAAUAAGAAACUAGUG